CACGCUCUAAAUUUGUUGUAAAUGUGGAGGUUUUAAUUGUUCACAGCAAAUGUUCGAGCUUAUAUAGAAACUGUCUUAUAUUCUGAGCAGUCAUGGACCCUCAUUUGCAAGGAGGGCCUGGGGAAAAGAAGGCCAAAGGUCCAGCUCCUACAGUUGAGCAAAUACAAUCUGAUAUAAUAACACAGUUGGCCAACCAGUAUUGGUCUCCACAAAGAGGAGCCACAAGAUUGCCUUUUAAUCCUAAGAUAAUAGAUGACAUUUAUCAGAAGGAGAUUCUUGGAACAAAGUUUGCCAUGAGAAGGACUAUGAUGUUGGAAUUCAGUCAAUAUUUGGAAAACUAUCUUUGGCCAAAUUUCACUGAAGACAAGGCAAGCCGUGCUCACAUUUUGACCAUUUGUGUCAUGGUGAAUGAAAAAUUCAGGGAAAGAGUCCCAGCCUGGGAGGCAUUUCAGAUGUUUCCAGAUAAAUUUGGAGGUUUCUUCAGUCGGGUCAUGGCAACAUCUCUGGCAGAUGAUCUUACGCUUAGAGAACAAACGGUUCUCUUGGUCUUCCUGAAUCACUGCUUUAACAGUGUGGAAGUUGACCUAAUACGAGAGCAAUUUCAGAGUAUCGUCUCACUUACUAUGUGGGCCAGCAUCCUGCCUGGACGCAGAGAUGAGAUUUUCAAAAAGUUUCCAAAGAUGAAGAAAUUUUGGAAAGUCAUACAAAAAAAAGAUGCUAAACUAGAUGCAGCUGCUCUAGAAAAGGCUACAAAUGAAAGAUGUUUCCUGUCCCGUCUGAUACACAAGUUCUACACAAUCUUAGAAUCUAUACCGGAAACAGGUGACUUGUCAAGGGACAAAGUGAUGUACUGUGAGAGGUUUCUGGAGUUACUUAUUGGUUUGGAAUCUCUGCUGCCAACUCGCAGGUUUUUCAAUGUGCUCCUUGAUGACCAUCACUUUAUUGUAAGGUGUACACUCGCAAAGCUUGGAAAGAGGGAGGAAGGAAAAUUAUUUUCUCAAUUGCUGGACAUGUUGAAAUUCUACACAGACUUUCAAAUAAAUGAUUACACAGGGGAAGCUCUGACAGAUUUAGAGAUGACAAACAAUCAUUACAACAAGUUCCUUGAUCUGCAGAGAGCAGCAUUUAAGUAUUACCCAGAGGAUCUGAGGAAAUUUGCUGUAAGCAAUGUUGGAAGUGUAGAUACAAGGGAAACUCUGCUGAAGCACUUUGGGGAACUUAGCAAUCUUGAUCUCCAGAUGAUUGCUUCAUAUCUCAAUUUAGUCGAACCUCCAGAAGAGAACAAAGGAAAUGCAUAUAACUCUGAGUUUCUCUUAGAAAUCUUGGUGUCAAGAAAUAUGAGAAGACAGUCUCAACUAGAGGCAUUGAAUGACAUGCCUUUGUAUCCCACAGAAGAAGUUAUAUGGGAUGAAAAUGUUGUCCCCACUGCAUAUUUUUCUGGAGAAGGUUGUUUAGCCCUCCCCAAACUAAACCUACAAUUUCUCACCUUACAUGACUACUUGUUGAGAAAUUUCCACCUUUUCCGACUGGAAUCUACAUAUGAGAUACGUCAGGAUGUGGAAGAGUCUGUGAGCAAGAUGCAGCCCUGGAAGGCAGAAGAUGGCACUACUUUAUUCAAUGGCUGGGCUAGAAUGGCUCAGCCCAUUGUCUCCUUCAGUGUGGUAGAGGUUGCUAAGCCCAAUCUGGGAGAGAACCACCCGGCCAGGGUUAGGGCAGACAUCACUCUGCAUCUGAGUGUCAGACCAGAAAUCAAAAAUGAAUGGGAAAAUCUGCGAAAACAUGAUGUGGCAUUCCUGGUGACAGUACGUCCUCAGCAUGGCUAUGGGAAGAGAUACAACCACAAAGAGCCCUUUAUACCACAAGUUGGACUAACCUAUGUCAGGGGAUGUGAAAUUGAGGGCUUGCUGGAUGCAGAUGGAAAAGUAAUUGAGGAGGGUCCAGAACCAAAGCCCGACUUGCCAGGAGACACCAGGACAUACAGAGUGUGGCUGGACCCUAACCAGUACCAGACAGAUAUGGCAGAAACUGUGGAAGGCAAAGAGGAUGUUUAUGAGACCUUUAACAUCAUGAUGAGGAGGAGACCAAAGGAGAAUAAUUUCAAAGCUGUUCUGGAAACUAUAAGAGACCUGAUGAAUACCCAGUGUGUGGUACCUGACUGGCUACAUGACAUUAUUCUUGGCUAUGGGGACCCUGGUGCAGCACAUUACUCAAAGAUGCCAAAUUUUAUCAGCAGUUUGGACUGGAAUGAUACUUUUCUGAACUAUGACCACUUGGUGUCAUGUUUCCCUGGCUGGACUUUAAAGCCUAAGGUGACAGAUCCAGCCAAACUUGUGCCUCCUUUCAGACUAACCUUCCCAUCUAACUCUGGAAAGAAGAAAGCAGACGAAGAGGAGGAGGUUCCAGAGAAUACAAUACUGGUUGAACCCCAUGUUAUUCCCAACAGAGGUCCUUACCCUUAUAGUCAGCCUAAGAGAAAUGCCAUCCAGUUUACUCCCACACAGGUGGAGGCUAUCAAAGCUGGGAUGCAGCCUGGACUGACCAUGGUCGUGGGUCCUCCAGGUACAGGAAAGACGGAUGUUGCUGUGCAGAUAAUUUCCAAUCUGUAUCAUAACUUCCCUAAUCAAAGAACUCUCAUUGUCACACAUUCCAAUCAGGCAUUGAACCAGCUGUUUGAAAAGAUUAUGGCAUUGGAUGUAGAUGAACGCCAUCUGCUGCGUAUGGGACAUGGUGAAGAGGCACUGGAGACAGAGAAAGAUUUCAGCAGAUAUGGAAGAGUGAAUUAUGUGCUCGCCCAGCGUUUGGAGCUACUGGAAGAGGUUGGAAGACUCCAAGAAAGCUUAGGAGUACCAGGAGAUGUAGCCUACACUUGUGAGACUGCCAGUUACUUUUACUUAUACCAGGUUUUGGCCAGAUGGGAAGAAUUUUUGAGCAAGGUAAAAGUGAAACCAGGCCAGGCAGAAGCAGUAGAGAAGAUAGCUGAGCUGUUUCCCUUCACCAAAUUCUUUGAGAAUGCUCCACAGCCUGUGUUCAAGGGGCAGUCCUAUGCAGAAGACUUGGAUAUUGCAGAGGGUUGCUUUAGGCAUGUCAAGAGGAUAUUUACACAGUUAGAGGAAUUCCGUGCAUUUGAACUUCUCAGGAGUGGCUCAGAUAGGUCCAAGUACCUACUGGUUAAGGAGGCCAAGAUCAUAGCUAUGACUUGUACGCAUGCAGCACUCAAGAGGAGAGAUUUGGUGGAUCUUGGGUUUGAGUAUGACAACAUCCUGAUGGAGGAAAGUGCACAAAUUCUUGAAAUUGAGACAUUUAUUCCAUUAUUGCUACAGAAUCCUCGUGACAACUUGAACCGUCUAAAGCGCUGGAUAAUGAUAGGUGAUCACCAUCAGCUGCCUCCAGUUAUCAAGAACAUGGCAUUCCAAAAAUACUCAAACAUGGAGCAGUCGCUGUUCACCAGAUUUGUGCGUCUUGGUGUGCCCACUGUUGACUUGGAUGCACAAGGGAGAGCAAGACCUAGCCUCUGUAACCUUUACAACUGGAGGUACAAAAAACUGGGCAACCUGUCUCAUGUCAGCUUAUGGCCAGAGUUUAGAACAGCAAAUCCUGGAUUUUUCUUUGAUUUCCAGCUCAUUGAUGUUGGAGAUUUCAAUGGAGUUGGAGAGUCUGAACCAACGCCAUAUUUCUAUCAGAAUUUGGCUGAGGCUGAAUAUGUUGUGGCUGUGUUCAUGUACAUGCGUCUACUAGGCUAUCCAGCACAGAAGAUCUCAAUUUUAACCACAUACAAUGGACAGAAGAACCUGAUCAGAGACGUCAUAGCUCAGAGAUGUGGUAACAACCCACUUAUUGGGAGACCUUUCAAGGUGACCACAGUGGACAGAUAUCAGGGUCAGCAGAAUGACUACAUCUUGUUGUCACUGGUUAGGACUAAUGCUGUAGGAUAUUUCAGAGAUGUCAGGCGACUGGUGGUAGCCAUGUCCAGGGCCAGGCUAGGGCUUUACAUCUUUGCUAGGACGUCCCUGUUUCAGAAUUGCUUUGAGCUCACUCCAGCUUUUAAUCAGUUGACUGCAAGACCAGUGAAGCUGCAUCUUGCACCACAUGAAGUUUAUCCACCUGCUAGACCAGUCAAUGCUCCUCCACAAGAACCACCAGUUGUGUUAGAUGACAUGCCUCACAUGGCCAACUUUGUUUAUGAAUUCUACCGUACUAAAGUGGAGGUGAUCAUGCAGCAAAGAGGGAUGUACCAAAGACCCGCAGAGCUUAGAAGACCACCACCAAAGCAGCAGCAAAAUUUGGCUCCUCCAGAAAGCCCAUCACAAAAACCAGUGGAGCCAGUUAAAGAAGAUAAAACUGUAAUGGAAGAGCACCCAGGUGCAGGCAGUGAUAGUGACAGUGAGGAUGAAGGCAAUCAAGAAGAGACACCUGUUGGAGUAAAAAGAGAGAUGGAGGAGCCAGUAACACCAGUUGAAGCUAAACGUGCAAAACAAGAGUGAAUGGCCUGUUAUUUCUUAACAAGCA